CAAAGAAGAAUGAGCACGUAAACAUUUCCGCUGUAUCUGUCGCGAUGGACUCAAACAAGGACGAAGCUGAGCGGUGUAUUAAAAUAGCGCUUAGUGCACUCAGCAAUAACCAGUCGGACAAGGCGAGGAAGUUUUUGGAAAAGGCCCAGCGUUUAUUUCCCACAGAUCAGGCCCAAAAUUUAUUGGAGUCCUUGGCACACAACGGAAAGCCGCCGGAUGAGAAUGGUGAGCCUGUGAACGGGGAAGGACCCAGCAUGAGGCACCGAAGCUCCAGAGAAGACGGAGACGGGUCGACACCUGCAGCCGCAGAGUCGGCUAAACCUUACACCGCGGAGCAAGUGGAGGCUGUCAGAAAGAUAAAGGCUUGCAAAGAUUACUACCAAAUACUUGGUGUGGAGAAGUCGGCGUCGGAGGAGGACCUUAAAAAAGCUUAUAGGAAGCUGGCGUUGAAAUUCCACCCGGAUAAAAACCAUGCCCCUGGAGCUACGGAGGCUUUUAAAGCGAUUGGGAAUGCUUACGCGGUGCUGAGUAAUGCUGAGAAGCGGAGGCAGUAUGACCAGUAUGGAGAAGAGAGAUCCCAUCCUACUAGACACAGACAUCACCAUGAUUUUGAGGCGGAUAUUUCUCCAGAGGACCUGUUUAACAUGUUCUUCGGUGGAGGCUUCCCAACAAGCAAUGUACACGUUUACAGAAAUGGAAGAAUGCACUUUGCACAUCACAACAGACAGGAAAGACGAGAACAACAGAGGGAUGGAGGGUUUGCUCUUUUAGUCCAGUUGCUGCCCAUUUUAAUCCUCAUCAUCGUCUCAGCUCUCAGCCAAUUGAUGGUGACGCCGUCUCCGUACAGCCUUAGCUAUCGCCCGUCAGCCGGUCAUGUUCACAAAAGGCAUACGACACACCUGAAGGUGCCUUUUUACGUCGGGGAGCGUUUUCAUGUUGAAUAUACGGGAAAUAAUCUAAAGAAUGUGGAAAGAAGCGUGGAAGACGACUACAUCUCUAAUCUGAGGAAUAACUGCUGGAAGGAGAAACAACAGAAGGAAGGUUUAAUGUACCGUGCACGUUACUUUGGCGAUUCAGAGUUGUACCAAAGGGCCCAGAGGAUGGGGACGCCCAGCUGCUCCCGGUUAUCAGAGAUUCAGGUGCUACUAGACGGAUAGGAGCCACUCGCACAACAACUGGUUGUAGGUACUUGAAUUAGAUGCGACUGGUGAAAUCUGAAGAAUCUUUCCAGGACAAAGAGAAACAAAAAAAUAUGCCUUACACGGAGUGGGCAGCCGACCUCGUCAGGGAACCUCUCUGCCAUCUUCCUGUAGAGCGGCUUCCUGCAGGACUGUGAGAAGCUUCUGCUGUCGUUUCCUUCUCACUCCGGAGUCCGCGCGGUGACAAAAGCAGAGUUAGCAGCUCUGAUUUAGCUUUCCUAUUGUUUUUCUCUCAAAUCGUUCAGAGAAACCUCCUGGCCUUCUCCCAAACAGUCUGAGCCGUUCGGAAGGAGAUUUUUUUUUUUAUAGUUCUAACCACUGUAAAUAUCCAUUGUUCUUUUAACAGUGAAGAGUUUAUCAUUUACUUUAAUGUUAUUAUGUGGAUUUGCUUGUAGCCUGUUGAAAGAUGAAACUGAUACUGAUAAAUCAUUGCACACAUAAACCAUAUUUAUUAAAUUAACAUGCUAAAAUUGUAUGUUUCUUUUGAAUUAAAAUUUUGUCUGAG